UCUUGUGUAACCAGCCAGUGUCGGUAUCUGUUGCCACACACGGAGCGAGCAGCCGCUCCGGGUGCUCGUCAGAACAGCUGGCCCGCACGGCAGGCGCAGCACCGACCGGGCAGCUGCAGAGCCCAGGGCGGGCAGCGGGGACAGGAUGCACGGGCCGUCUGCCCUCCGAAGGUUCUGGCCUGGCCUGCUCGUCGCGCUGGGUGCGCUCUGCCCCGGCGGCUCGCCGUGCGGCAUUUCCACACACAUAGAGAUCGGCCACAGAGCCCUGGAGCUUCUGCACCUGCAGGACGGGGGCGUCGACUACAGAGAGCUGCUGCUGGAGCACCGGGACGCGUACCAGGCUGGAGCCGUGUUUCCCGACGCCUUCUACCCCGGCCUCUGCGAGAGAGGGCGAUUCCACGAGGUGUCCGAGAGCACCCACUGGACCCCCUUCCUCAACGCGAGCGUUCACUACAUCCGGGAGAACUACCCCCGCCCCUGGGAGAAGGACACGGAGAAGCUGGUCGCCUUCCUGUUGGGGGUCACGUCGCACAUGGUGGCAGACGUCAGCUGGCACAGCCUGGGCGUCGAGCAGGGCUUCCUGAGGACCAUGGCGGCCAUCGACUUCCACGGCUCCUACUCCGAGGCGCACUCGGCCGGAGACUUCGGCGGCGACGUGCUGAGCCAGUUCGAGUUCAACUUCAACUACCUCUCGCGGGACUGGUAUGUGCCCGUGGACGACCUCCUGGGGAUUUACAAGGAGCUCUACGGCCGCGAGGCCAUCACCCGAAACGCCAUCGUGGACUGCACCUACCUCCAGUUCCUGGAGAUGUACGGGGAGAUGCUGGCCGUCUCCAAGCUGUACCCCACGUUCUCCCGGAAGUCCCCGUUCCUGGUGGAGCAGUUCCAGGAGUACUUCCUCGGCGGGCUGGACGACAUGGCGUUCUGGUCCACCCACAUCUACCGCCUGACCAGCUACAUGCUGGAGAACGGGACCCGGGACUGCCACCUGCCCGAGAACCCUCUGUUCAUCACCUGCGGCGGCCAGCAGAACCGGACCCAGAGCAGCCCGCACGCGCAGAAGAGCGACUCCCACAGGAACCUGACCGUGUCCCUCACUAAGGAGGCCUGGAAGGGCAUCAAGCACACCAAGCGAGGGGUGGUCUUCAGCGUGGAUUCCUGGACCCCGGACUCCCUGGCCGUCGUGUACCGGACUCUGGAGAGGAACCUGCGGACGCUCUUCACAGGCGGCCCCCAGCCGCCCCCGAACCACGUGUCCGGCCCCCUGGCGUCCUACUUCCUGUCGCGUCCCUACGCCAGGCUCGGCUGGGUGAUGGCCUCGGCCGACCUCAACCAGGACGGGCACGGCGACCUGCUGGUGGGCGCCCCGGGCUACAGCCGCCCCGGCCACGUGCACGUGGGGCGCGUGUACAUCGUCUACGGCAGCGACCUGGGCCUGCCCCCCAUCGACCUGGACCUGGACGAGGAGGCCCACGGGGUCCUGGAGGGCUCCCAGCCUGCAGGUCGCUUCGGCUCGGCCUUGGCCGUGCUGGACUUCAACAGGGACGGCGUGCCUGACCUGGCCGUGGGCGCCCCCUCGGUGGGCUCCGCGCAGCUCACGUACACAGGCGCCGUGUACAUCCACUUCGGCUCCCGGGAGGGAGGCCUGUCGCCGUCCCCCAACGUCACCGUCUCCUGUCAGGACACGCACUGCAACCUGGGCUGGACGCUGCUGGCCGCCGACGUGAGCGGGGACGGCGAGCCCGACCUGGUGGCCGGCUGCCCCUUCGCGCCGGGCGGAGGGAAGCAGAGGGGCGUGGUGGCCGCGUUCUAUUCCCGCCCCGGCCGCGGCCGCAGAGGGAACCUGACUGUGGCGGCGGCCGACUGGCUGGUGAGGGGCGAGGAGGACUUCGCCUGGCUGGGGCACUCCCUGCAUGGCGUCAGCGUGGGCAACAGGACGCUGCUGUUGGUGGGGAGCCCCACCUGGAGGAACGCCAGCAGCCGGGCCUCUGCGUCCCGCUCGCACGACAGGAAGCAGAGCCAGAGCCUCGGCCGGGUGUACGGCUACUUCCCGCCGCGCUGCCGGAGCACGUUCACCAUCUCCGGGGACAAGGCGAUGGGGAAGCUGGGCACCUCCUUGUCCAGUGGCCACGUGAUGAUGAACGGCACCCGGAAGCCGGUGCUGCUAGUCGGGGCCCCGACGCACGACGACGUGUCCAGGAUGGCCUUCCUGACCAUGACCUUGCACCAAGGGGGGGCCACGCGGAUGUACGAGCUGACGCCCGACCUGCAGCCGGCCCUGCUCAGCAGCUUCAGCGGAGACCGCCGCUUCUCGCGCUAUGGGGGCGCGCUGCACCUGAGCGACCUGGACGGUGACGGCGUGGACGACCUCAUCGUGGCGGCCCCCCUGCGGACAGCGGACCUGACCUCCGGGCUGGUCGGGGGCGAGGACGGCCGGGUCUAUGUCUACAGCGGCAAGCGCACCCUCCUCGGCGACGUGACGGGCAAGUGCAGGUCCUGGCUGUCGCCGUGCCCAGAGGAGAAGGCCCAGCACGUGCUCAUCUCUCCAGAGGCAGGCUCGAGGUUCGGGAGCUCCGUGGUCACCGUCCGGUCGAAGGACAAGAACCAAGUCGUGGUGGCUGCAGGCAGGAGCUCCUUGGGUGCCCGGCUCUCCGGGGCGCUGCACGUCUACAGCCUCCGCUCAGACUGACGCCUGCCCACGGCCUCGCCGCUCGCCCCUCUGGUCUGGCGGACAACGGGGCACAGAGGGGCACACCCCCGAGCCUUGGUGGACCCUGCAAGGAGGCGAGGCUCCUGGGAGGGCAGACAUGCAUGGCCGGAUGUCGGGGACAACACCAGCUGCCAUCCCACACCGCCACGCGCGCCCCAAGCUGCCCUCCCCGCUUCCCCUGCAGAUGCCCUGUCCUGCUCGCCACCUGUGCUCGACGCCUGCGGCCGGCUGUCCUCCGGUGCCCUUGGGAAGACCCCCACACACUGCCUUCAAAGUCGGGGGCCCCUGCCCAUCCGAGGGCAGCGGGGGGCGCGGGGAAUGGGGAGAGUUACAGCAGGAGCAGGGGGGUUGAGGGGCGUGGGGUUGCUGGUGAACGGCGGGGUCCCGUCCUCCUGUGGGUGCCCCCACCUUUUCCACGGGCGCGCGGGGAAGGGCCGGCGAGGAAACCAGACGUCCCCAUCCCCCGCUUCCGGAGAGGCGGCUGCGCUGGCACGUGACACACUAAGCGACCCUCCGCUCCGGGGUCCAGACUCAGGGGGUGCGAACUGGUGUCCCAGUUCCGUGCUCUUUGGGGAAGGGCCCCCCCGGAGACCCCGCGGGGAGGGGUGGAGGCGGGGAAGGGUCAUCUCUCGGGGACGGCGGUCCCGCCGAGGAGGGAGGUGGCACACACCGGGGGGCAGGGGAGGGGCACCAGGAGGAACUGAAGUGCACACACGGCGUCGGCCGGCCGGCCGGCCAGGAGCGCGGUUGAUUAGCAGGGGGUUUACUUCCGGGGACCAGGGGCUCCUCGGCCGUGUCCACGCGCAAGUGGUGUGCGUGUGGGCGAGUGGACGGCACACGCUUCAGGGAAGGUCCGUCACCCGGGACGUCACACCGCACCAGCUGACAGGCGUGUCCACCUGUGCCCACGCUUCACCCAAGGGUUCCUCCUCCCUGAUGCCCGAACACCCCGGACAGUGAGCGCCAGGUGGGGCCGGGAGCAAGUUUCCCACGGGCACUACGGACUCCACGCUGAGCCCUCCUGACCCUCCCUCGACGAUGGCCCGGUGCUCCAGGCAGCCUGCGGGACACACGGACACGGCCAGGCCGGCGUCUGUCUCAGCGGGUGGGUUCAGCUUUCACUAGGUGUCCCCUGUAGCUCUAAGCACUGAUUCUGGAUGAAAAUACGCUAACUUUGUCUCAUUAACACAAAUCUGAACUUACACAA